AUUCCAACCAGCUAGCUUGGAGAAUCUCAAUUAGCUUGGGCAAAAGGCAAAUUGGUCGCUGGACAAAUCGAUGGAAGGCGUCAAGGCGAUGAACAGGGACAUCAUCACGCAGGACGCAGCCAUGGCAUUCGCGGAUCACCACCUGCACAUCCCGGACAGGUUCGUCCGCGCCGACGAGGUCCCGGCGGCCGGCGAAGUCGUCGUCGUGGGCGGCGACGACGAGAGCAGCGAGGUGCCGGUGGUCGACAUGGCGAGGCUGCUCGAUCUUGAGCACAGGGAGGAGGAGAUCGCUUGGCUUGGCUCUGCGUGCCGGAGCUGGGGUUUUCUACAGCUCAUAAACCAUGGAGUCGACCAAGCAGUGAUACAGAAAAUGAAAGAAAACACGGUACAAUUCUUCGAGCUACCCCUGGAGGACAAGAACACGGUGGCUGUCCGUCCUGGCGGCAUUGAAGGAUUCGGCCAUCACUUCAGAUCAUCAGCUGGCAAAUUAGACUGGGCGGAGAACUUGAUCGUUCAAACGCAGCCAUUCCAGCAGAGAAACCUCGAUUUUUGGCCUAGUAACCCACCCACAUUUAGGGAUUCAAUCGACAAGUACACAGUGGAGAUGUCGAAUCUGACAAUGCGACUGCUAAGGUUUAUGGCCAGCGACCUUGGUGUUGAGCAAGAACCGCUGCUCGCCGCCUUCCGCGGGAAGCGGCAGAGCACUGCCCUGCACCACUACCCUCCUUGCCGCCACCCGGAGAAGGUGAUCGGCAUCGCGCCGCACUCCGACGGCUUCGGGCUGACUCUACUGCUGCAAGUCGAUGACACGCCGGGCCUGCAGGUUAGCAACGGCGGCCGGUGGCAUCCGGUGCGGCCGCUGCCAGGUGCCUUCAUCAUCAACAUCGGCGAGACCCUCGAGGUUCUCACCAAUGGCCUCUACAGGAGCGUGUUCCAUAGGGUGGUCGUUGACACUGAGAGGGACCGGGUUACAGUUGUGGUGUUUCAAGACGUGUGUAUCGAUGGAGUGUUGAAGCCACUACCGGAGCUCGGCGAGCCGCGAUAUCAUGCGAUCGGCAAGUCGGAGUAUUUCAAGGGCCACACAACAGAAGUAGUUGGUCAGGGGGAAAGGUUCAUCGACACCCUUAAGAAGUGAUCCGAUAUAGCCAUUCUGGUUUGCUCGGUGAAUAGUGUAUUGUAAGAAGUGAUGGUGAAUAAUUUCUUUUAAUGCUAUUCAGUAGUAUUGGUGUACCUAGGGGUGUAAGUGGGACAGC